UACGAAACUUUCGUAUCAACAAACAUGGCGGCUCAUUCACAAUCCACAUCAUCGACAGGGAACUACACUGUGAAUUUUGACAAUUAUGAUCAGCAUGUUGCCGAACAAAGUUCGUCAUACGAAUCUCAAAGCACAUCAGGAUACAAUCCUACGGUUGAAGAAUUCCAGUUCGUACAGACUUCCGCCUCCAUAGAAAAACUUCCUGUGGAGGGGACAAUUCAGAAGAAUGAAGGGGAAACAAUGGCAAAUCCUUACGGAGUGAAAAAAAGAUCAGCUGCUUCAAAAUUCCUCGAGUCUAAAGGCUUUGGCUGGCUGACAGAAGAGGAGGAAUUGGAUGAAGAAGAUCAAAAGCCAUUACUGGAGGAGUUAGACAUUGACCCUAAGGACAUUUACUAUAAAUUACGAUGUGUACUGUUUCCUCUGCCACAGCUGGGAUUUAAUCGCCACGUUGUCAGAGAGAGUCCCGAUUUCUGGGGCCCCCUUGUAGUCAUACUGCUCUACUCUCUUGUUUCCUUGUAUGGACAGUUCAGGGUGGUGUCCUGGAUUAUAACAAUAUGGAUAUGUGGGUCACUCAUCAUUUUCUUGUUGGCCAGAGUUUUAGGAGGAGAGGUUAGCUAUUCCCAGUGUCUGGGUGUCAUUGGUUACUCUGUGCUCCCUUUGGUUAUAACAGCAGCCAUAUUACCACUGUUCAGAAGAUUUCACUACAUCAGUCUGUUACUCAAG